AUGAUCUUGCUCAGUUACCUUCGUCCAGCACCAACCCAACAACGGCAUGUCCUGAGAAAAGGCCGCCCAGCCAAGAAUGUAACAUACAAAGUGCUUCCGGGCAGCCGUCUGUUCAUGGGCUCAAUUGCAUCUACUGGUUGGAGACAGUUGGAUGUAGCUGUUGUCGGUGGCGGAAUAGGAGGAAUGUCCGCAGCGACCGCUUUGCGUCGUGCGGGCCACAAGGUGUCUAUUUAUGAAGGUUCCGAUUUCAUCAGCCAGGCCGGUGCUUCGAUUUCAUGUGCUGCAAAUGGUACUCGCUGGUUGCAAGAAUGGGGUGUAGAUGUUGCUAAAGGCGAUGGGGUCAUUUUGAAAAAGCUCAUCAGCCGUGAUUGGACGACGGGCAAGAUCCUGACCGAGUACAAGCUGGAUGACUAUGAGGAACGAUGGGGACAUGUGUACUACAUGUUUCAGAGGCAGUGUAUGCACACAAUGCUGAAGACUUCAGCAUUGGGGGAAGGAGAGGGAGUGCCGGCAAAAGUCUUCUUAAAUCACAAGGUAUUCUGUCAAGUCACUAUGAGUAUCUACUUGCUCCAGUCCAUUCCGCAAUCUAAUAUUCUUUACCAGUGCAAGAACAUCGAUCUCAACACUGGCUUAAUUGAGUUUGAGAAUGGAUUAUCUGUCAAUCAUGAUCUGAUUGUUGGCGCGGACGGUAUUGGAUCCGCCGUUCGUGGUGUUCUCGGUAUCUGGCCUGAAAAGCGACCUGCCGGAUCUAGCUGCCUACAUGCAAACGUUGUCACUGAAGAAGCGAUCGCUGCAGGUUUUCCUGACUUCUCUCAAGAUAGUGCCUUGCAAUUCUGGGGUGGCCAUGGAGAAAUUUGGGACAAGAUCGUUCUCUCUCCAUGCCGAGGGGUGGAAGAAUUGCUUGCUCUGUAUCCUCAUCUUGAUGCGCAAGUCCGCGGUCAUUUGGCCCUUGGAAAGGAAAUCCAGCCAUGGCGUCUAUGGAUGCACGACCCAUAUCCGCAUCUUGCAAGAAAUAUGGCGUGCCUGAUAGGUGAUGCAGCUCACCCAAUGAUGCCUCAUCAAAGCCAAGCCGCCUGUAUGGCAAUUGAAGACGCAGCCGCAUUAGGCAUUAUUUUUAGCAGGAAAAUCUUUACGGGAGAUGUAUUUGAGUCUUUAUCUACUUAUGAGUCUGUUCGUCUGCCCAGAGCAACCAAAGUUCAGGCAGCGGCGGCACGAGCGUCGGAGAAUAUUAAUGAGAGAAUCGGUUUCUCUAGCAAUACUGAUAAUCCGGUUUAUGUGGUGAAGAGUGAGCAGGGGAAAUUGACAAUCGAAGAGAUGAAUGCUUACGACAUGCACAUGCACAUUGAUGAGACCGUCUGCAGACGUACCGGAAAAGCGUAUCGUCAUAAGUAUACUCGGGGUCUGCCGAUAGGGCUACGGCUAUCAAACGGAUAUACCGUUGGAGCUGAAGAUUGGUCUUACAACUAG